AAGUAACACUGGCACUAAGUAAGAAAAAAAUUUCGUGUGACUAAACUAUAAAUCUUACAGUUCUACUUGCGUGGAAAAGACAAAAACUCUACGCUUUAUAAUAAUAAUGCCCAAGCGGAGGACAGCAAAAACAGUUUGACAUUCACAUACUCGUUUUGAACAAGUGGCAGCUGCGAGCUUUUGUGGAAAGAAAAGAGCCAUAGAAAAAUUAAGCAAUCAUGUCUUCAUCAGCCAUUUUUGUGCUGGACGUAAAGGGCAAGGUGUUGAUAUCCCGAAAUUAUCGCGGAGACAACAUUGACAUGGCUGUAAUUGACAAAUUCAUGCCGCUGCUCAUGGAACGCGAAGAGGAGGGCCUUGUCACACCCAUAUUACAGACGUCAGAGACAACAUUUGCCUACAUCAAGACAAACAAUCUGUAUAUUGUGUCCACAACGCCGCGCAACAAGAAUGUAAAUAUUGCGUUAGUUUUUGUAUUUUUACACAAAAUCGCACAGGUGUUUGUUGAGUACUUCAAAGAGCUGGAGGAAGAGUCAAUACGUGACAAUUUUGUCAUCAUAUACGAGCUGCUCGAUGAGCUGAUUGACUUUGGCUAUCCCCAAACGACGGAUUCGAAAAUACUGCAAGAGUAUAUAACGCAGGAGGGACACAAACUAGAGCUUCAACCGCGCAUACCCGUAGCCGUAACAAAUGCGGUUUCUUGGCGUUCGGAGGGCAUCAAGUAUCGCAAGAAUGAAGUUUUUCUCGAUGUGAUCGAGUCGGUUAAUCUGUUGGCCAAUGCCAAUGGCAAUGUGCUGCGCAGCGAAAUAGUGGGCGCCAUUAAAAUGCGAGUCUACUUAUCUGGCAUGCCGGAGUUGCGCUUGGGCCUGAACGACAAAGUACUCUUCGAGAGCACUGGACGUGGUAAAUCAAAAUCCGUUGAGCUGGAGGAUGUCAAGUUUCAUCAAUGCGUACGUUUGUCGCGCUUCGAAAACGAUCGCACAAUCUCCUUUAUACCACCUGAUGGCGAGUUUGAGCUUAUGUCGUAUCGCCUAAACACGCACGUGAAGCCACUGAUUUGGAUUGAGUCGGUUAUUGAACGACAUGCCCACUCACGUGUGGAGUACAUGAUAAAGGCAAAGUCGCAGUUUAAGCGUAGAUCGACUGCCAAUAAUGUUGAAAUUGUUAUACCUGUGCCGGCUGAUGCGGAUUCGCCCAAGUUUAAGACCACCAUUGGCAGUUGCAAAUAUGCGCCGGAACAGAAUGCUAUUAUUUGGACAGUUAAAUCGUUCCCUGGCGGGAAGGAGUAUCUGAUGCGUGCUCACUUUGGUCUACCCAGCGUUGAGAAUGAAGACAACGCAGAGGGCAAACCACCAAUACAGGUGCGCUUUGAGAUACCUUACUUUACCACAUCGGGCAUACAAGUGCGUUACUUAAAAAUUAUUGAAAAGAGCGGUUACCAGGCGCUGCCCUGGGUGCGUUACAUCACACAGAACGGCGACUAUCAGCUGCGCACCAACUAAAGACAUCUGACAGACAGUCAUUCCAGCCAAGCUAAAGCAAAGUAAAUUGCUUCAGUCUAAGAUACAACGCUUCACCUACACUGUGCGUGCCCGAAUUAAGUCAAAAAGUAUAAUUUAAGUUAAGUCGAAAAAGCUUUUAAACUGCUAAGCAAAUUGAUUUUUAUGUACUUAUAACAAAUUAACUGUUUACAAUUUACAUACUAUAUAGAAAAUGCUGUUGUGAAUUUGUUGUACAAUUGCAUAAAACUCAAUUUACACAUUUGCAGCUUACAAUUCCUUUAAUAAAUUUGUAUUGUUUUCUUUUGCGUAUUGUAUUUGUAUUUGUAAAUCGAAACUAAUAAAUUUUAACACAUUUGUCCAAGAAAAACAUUGAACCUUGGGUUGGACCCACAA